AUGGUUGGUAUGGGGAUUAGACGAGGGAAGAGGGAGGAGGGGAAGGGGAAAAGCGUUGAAGAUGCGGAGACGGACGUGCGAAGAAAUGUGGAAAGCUCGAAAAUGCUGGGUGCAAAAUCUGAGGAUAGAUACGAUGGCAGAGAGUAUCAUCGUCUGUCAAGCGCUAAUAUACCGGCCGGAUGGUGUGAUUUGGGGUUGGAAAUGUAA